AUGCCGGGUCCAACGCGACUGCACGUUGCUGGCGUCACUAUGGGACUGAGUCGGUACCCAGUCGGUACUACGAUACCGAACCAAUGCUAUCAACGUGCUCGACCCAGAAGCGCAUCGAGAGCUUUUUUCUUCAUCAAUCAAUCGCUUCAAAACUCUGCCGUCUUGUCGCUGUGCGAUUUGGCGCACAAAAUUUUGGAAAAAUUUUAUGACUCAUAUUUCCCGCCACUUAUACGCGGUACUUUAUCAAAUUUGAGAACCCCGCAACAGGAAGUAAGUGGUGUAGGUGCUACGCAGGCGCAAAUUGACCUUUCGGUUGAAGAACCCGUCGGUCACAUAUCACAUCUCACUGUAAAUUAA